AUGCAUGAAGGGAUUAAGAAGCAUGAUAGGGAUACACAGCUUUCACAAACUCAAACUUCAGCCAUUUCUGAACAUGCUAAUAAGACCGGGCAUUAUCCCCUCUGGGACGAAGUUAAGUUGACCGAGACUGUCACCGGUUCUUCUUGAAGAGUUAAAGAGGCUAUCCACAUAAGACUUCAUCCUAACACCGUCAACAGGGGCAGUGGAAUUGAGAUUCCUGAAGUGUGGAUACCAACAAUCACACAACAUAACAGCCGAUCACUGUCACAGCGGACCUCUGAGGAAUCAGUUUCUUCCUCUGACAAUACCAACAAUGCUUAGGAUCGAAAACCCACCAACAAUGAGCGAGGAAUGUGAUACACCAAUCACUAACAACCACAGUGGUACAAAUAGUCUGACUCAGUAA